AUGGAACACGCGCUCUCCCCGACUGUCUCCGUCAACCUAGCCGAAUUCGGCUUGGAAAAGACUGAAGAUGGACAACAUGUGCAAUGGGCCAGCGGUAGUGCGCUUCAUCCGUGGCAUUGGAGUGGCGCGCGAAAAUUUUACGAUAUGACAUUGAUUCUCCUUCUGGAGGCCUUCACGUGCGCGACUGCUGCAAGAGCUUCUCAACAUGGAACUGAUCACAGCAUGACGUUGUUGAUCUUUGCUUAUAUGUCAUCAUACCAGCUAGGACAAGGGGUUGGCAUUAUUGUGUUUCCGCCGUACUCCGAAGCGUUUGGCCGAAAAAAGCUAUAUAUAGCUAGCUCUCUGCUCUAUGCUGUCUUCUGUGUUAUCGUUGGGGUUGGGAAUUCGCACGUCGCCAGCGGUAUAGCUCGCUUUAUGACGGGCGUCCUUUCGGCAAUUCCCAGCGUGGUCAUUACUGGGAGUAUUGCCGAUAUGUUCAAGGCACGAACGCGCGUUUGGAUGGUGUUUCUGUACAUUGUCGCUACUGGUACUGGUCUUGGUCUAGGACCGGUAUAUAGCGCAUAUAUUGCAGCAGAGUACGGCUGGGAAUGGGUUUUCUACAUUGCUGCCAUGGUAACAGCACUCCUCGCGGUCAUGAUGUUAUGUAUCAGAGAAUCUCGGCCAUCUCUCCUCCUCCGUCAGCACGCUGAGAGACUUCAGAGGAAGACAGGGCAGGAAUUUAAACCUUUCAUUCCUGACCAUGUGCCGGAUCUGAAAACCUUUGCGAGAAUUUCACUUUUUCGACCAGCCCAGCUACUGUUCUCAGAGCCGGUUAUGUUCACGCUGAGUGUCAUCAGCGGAGUCGCGAAUGGAUUGUUCUAUCUUUUCGUGGACACCGUGCCAGACAUUUAUCGUAAAAUGGGCUUUUCUGAGCAAAGUUCUAGCCUCCCUCUCCUAACAAUAGUAAUAGCACUUGUCGGGAAUCUGCUUAUCCGCUGUUACGACCACCGGACCACGGCAAUUGCUGAGAAACAAACGCACAAUCUGCCACCUGAACACAAGCUUUUUGGGAUGUGGUUCGCAGCACCCGGACUUACUAUCGGGCUGUGGAUUUUCGCGUGGACUAUACCACCUAGUGUGCCGGCCGUCCACUGGGCGGUUUCCAGCUUUGCAUUAUGCCUUGUCGGAUUUGGCUUGAAUGAAUUCUCUACCGUGUUAUCGUCAUAUGUGACAGACGUUUACUUGAACCACGCGGCCAGCGCGAAUGCCGCCUUGUCAUUUCUCCGCGUCACAUUCGGUGCCUUUUUUCCACUCUUUGCCCCGAGGAUGUUUGACGACCUGGGCGCUAACAAGGCUGUUUCUGUUCUGGCCAUUUUUUCUACCUUCAUCUGUCUGGUGCCACCUGUCUUUCACUUGUAUGGGAGACAGCUCCGCGAGAAGAGCAAAUUCUCUCAGUAUAGCACGACUGCUGUCUCGGAUUCUUCAUAA